CGGCGCGCGCGGGCCAUGUCCGCCUUCUGCCUGGGCUUGGCCGGCCGCGCUUCAGCACCCGCCGAGCCGGACAGCGCCUGCUGCAUGGAGCUGCCGGCCGCGGCCGGGGACGCACUCGCCAGUCCAAACGCCGCCGCCGCCCUCGUCUCCUUCCCCGGGGCCUCUGGGGAACUGGAACUGGCUUUAGAGGAGGAGCUGGCGCUGCUGGCGGCCGGGGAGCGGCCGUGCGACCCCGGGGAGCAUCCCCACGCCGAGACCGACCCGCUGGCCGAGGGGGCCGGGCCGCAGUCGCCGCCCGCUCAGGAUCCCGAACUGCUGUCGGUGAUCCGGCAGAAGGAGAAGGACCUGGUGCUGGCGGCCCGGCUGGGCAAGGCGCUGCUCGAGAGGAACCAGGACAUGAGCCGGCAGUACGAGCAGAUGCAUAAGGAGCUCACGGACAAGUUGGAGCACUUAGAACAAGAGAAACACGAACUAAGACGACGAUUUGAAAACCGGGAAGGGGAGUGGGAAGGGCGAGUGUCCGAGCUGGAAAGUGACGUGAGGCAGCUUCAGGAUGAGCUGGAGAGGCAGCAAGUCCACCUUCGAGAAGCAGAUCGAGAAAAAACACGGGCCGUGCAAGAACUGUCCGAACAGAACCAAAGGCUGCUGGAUCAGCUCAGCAGGGCUUCCGAAGUCGAGAGACAACUGUCCAUGCAAGUUCACGCCCUCAGAGAAGACUUCCGGGAGAAGAACUCCUCAACCAACCAGCACAUCAUCCGGCUCGAGAGUCUGCAGGCCGAGAUCAAGAUGCUGUCAGAUCGCAAACGGGAGCUGGAGCAUCGUCUCAGUGCCACCUUGGAGGAAAACGACUUGCUCCAAGGGACCGUGGAGGAGCUGCAAGACCGGGUGCUGAUCCUGGAGAGGCAGAGCCAUGACAAAGACCUUCAGCUGCAUCAGAGCCAGCUGGAGCUGCAGGAGGUGCGGCUCUCCUACCGGCAGCUGCAGGUGAAGGUGGAGGAGCUCAGCGAGGAGAGGAGUCUGCAGAGCUCUGCCGCCACCAGCACGUCGCUCUUGUCGGAGAUAGAGCAGAGCAUGGAGGCCGAGGAGCUGGAGCAGGAGCGGGAGCAGCUAAGGCUGCAGCUCUGGGAAGCCUACUGCCAGGUGCGCUACCUCUGCUCACACCUCCGCGGCAACGACAGCGCCGACUCGGCCGUGUCCACCGACUCCUCCAUGGACGAGUCCUCCGAAACCUCGUCCGCCAAGGACGUGCCGGCCGGCAGCUUGCGCACCGCCCUCAGCGAGCUCAAGAGGCUGAUCCAGAACAUCGUGGACGGCAUGGAGCCCACGGUGACGCUGCUGAGUGUGGAGAUGACUGCGCUGAAGGAGGAGAGAGACCGGCUCCGGGUGACCUCUGAGGACAAGGAGCCCAAGGAGCAGCUUCAGAAGGCCAUCCGGGACCGCGACGAGGCCAUCGCAAAGAAGAAUGCAGUGGAGAUGGAACUGGCCAAGUGCAGGAUGGACAUGAUGGCUCUCAACAGCCAGCUGCUGGAUGCCAUUCAGCAGAAACUGAACCUCUCGCAGCAGCUCGAGGCCUGGCAGGACGACAUGCACAGGGUCAUCGACCGGCAGCUGAUGGACAAGCACCUGAAGGAGCGGGGGCUGCCGGCAUCUUCCUUCUCCAGGACCCCCGGCGCAGGGCGGGGCCCCGAGCCCGGCGAAGGCAGACGGCUCUUCUCGUUCUUCAGGAAGAUUUGAGUUGGGAGGACCAGGCCCCAAGAGUGGGGGA